AACCAUUUUUAAGUGAAACCCUUGAUAAAUCUCAUAGAUCUCCACCGAUUCGACAUGGCGGCAUCAUCUUCCUCCCUCUCGGACUCUUCCUCGUCCUCAUCCCGCCGUCGCAAACGGCGCCUCCGCCGUCACAGGGACCGUGACAUGCCAAAUGUCCGGAAGGAAAAACGCCCCCACAUCAAACGACGUCAUGACCGCCCUCCCUCGUCCUCCGACAGAGGCCGCUGCUCAUCUUAUUCGUCUUCUGAUUAUUGCAGCUCUUCAGACAGUGAUCAUGAAUCACCGGAGCAUCAUAAAAAGCGCAAACACAAAGAUACAUCUAGCAAGAAAAAGGACAAGAAAAAAGGAAAAAGACACAAGUCUAAACAUCAAAAGCAUAAUACCAAGGAGAAACAGGAGAGAUGUAGUAGCCCUGUACAACUGUCCAAGUUUUUGGGCCGAGACAAGGAUGAUGGUGUCCGUCGCAGUGCUGUCUCUGGCAAGAAGAUUCUCUUGAAGCUUGACAAAACAAAGGAGGACAAGGAAGCAGAGAACAAAAGGAACGAAUUGCUCAGGUUCUUGAAUGCAAGUUAUGACUGAUUAUGUGGAGAAUACAAGCCCUUCCGGUUUCAUUUUGUGGGUGGAAGUGGACUUGCCUGAAGCCUUGGGUGAUUAUCACUGUCCUUGUGUGUUCAACUCAUUUUCAUAGUAUUGCAUGGUGAAGUUAAAGGGUGCUGUGAUGUGCGGCCUUGACAUUCCCCCAGUGAAGGUUUCACUGUCUGUUCUACUCUGAUUCCUGAAAUGUGGCAACCUUUGGUACUUUAUUAUUAGGCAGAUUUUAUUUUGGGGUUGUGCCCUAUUAUCUUGUUUUUCUUUCCCUUUAGAUUUUUUUUAUGAAAAGAAUACUUUUCUUCUCUUAACAUAUUUUAUUUUUAUUUCUGCAACAUACAAGUAAACCUUAUGAAAAGGCUAAUAUCUAUUUUGCAUUGAAAUUGACAGUGUCCUUUGCAUUUCAAAAUGUUAUGUUAUUAUUAAGAAAGUUGUGUAACUUCAGAGAAAAUUGUGUUAUUAUU